UCAAAACGCAACAGUCCCACUUCGUCUGUAUUCUACUACGACGGAGGACGGCAGAUCGAUUAGGCUCUGCUACCGUAACAAUUGAUUCGAUAGGCUUAUAUAUCGUUGACCAAUUUGUGCCAUCGACCCGGCAGCAAUAGCGCGUCUAUUUACUUUGGUCCUAUAUUAUUUGGACCAAAGUACAGUGAAGUACUUUUUUUCGUUUUACUAUAAAGUUAAGCAUGCGGCAGUCGUAUACCUUAACGGAGCCGGAUAAUGUCUCGGUCACUGGAUUUCCCUUUGGCCGACAGGACAGCAGGCGCAAGAACAGACCGAUGUCUCGGUCAGUGUUGAUGUCCACCUUCAUGGGUCUGCUCAUCAACCAAGCCAAGAACAAGAGCUCCCAGGGUCUGGUGGGACUAAGGAACCUGGGCAACACUUGUUUCAUGAACUCCAUCCUCCAGUGCCUGAGCAACACUCCGGAGCUGAGGGACUUCUGUCUCAGAUACAUCCACCCAGCAGAGCUCAGCCGAUGUGGGAACCAAGUUGCUCUAAUGGAGGAGUUCGCUAAGCUAACGAAGACCUUGUGGACGUCGGUCAACAGUGACGCGGUCAGCCCCUCCGAUUUCAAGACCCAGAUCCAGAAAUAUGCUCCAAAAUUCUUGGGCUACAAUCAGCAGGAUGCCCAAGAGUUCCUGCGCUUCCUAUUGGACGGACUCCACAAUGAUGUCAACCGGGCGACGGUGUGUCCCAGGGUGACAGAGGACUUUGACCACCUAUCGGACACUGAGAAAAGUCAAAAGAUGUGGAACAGAUACAGAGAAUCAGAGGACAGCAAAGUGGUUGAUUUGUUUGUUGGGCAGCUGAAGAGUUCCCUGACCUGCAGUGAGUGUGGCUUCUGCUCCACAAUGUUCGAUCCUUUCUGGGACCUGUCUCUGCCGAUCGCACAGAAAGACACAGAGGAGGUGACUCUGACCGACUGCAUGCGGCUCUUGACCAGAGAGGACGUGUUGGACGGAGAAGAGAGACCUACUUGCCAGCGAUGUAAAGUCAGAAGAAAAUGCAGCAAGAAGUUUUCCAUCCAGAAGUUUCCAGAGGUCCUCGUGCUUCACCUGAAGCGUUUCUCCGAGCCCCCUUCACACGCUAAAAAGCUCACCACCUUCGUCAACUUCCCCCUCACAGAGCUGGACCUGGGCGAGUUUGCCUCGGCAGACGGCGUGCACGCUGUGUACAGCCUGUACGCCGUGUCCAACCACUCGGGGAGCAUCCUGGGGGGGCACUACACAGCCUUCUGCAAGAACCCUGCGCUGGAGCAGUGGUACCGCUACAACGACUCCAGAGUGAGCCCCAUGUCUGCUAGCGAGGUGCACAGCAGUGAUGCCUACGUGCUCUUCUACGAGCUGACACCGCAUCAAUACCAGACACAGCGCCUGUAGACACCAAUGCCGCCACACAAACAAUCACACACACACACACACACACACACACACCACACACCACACACCACACACCACACACCACACACCACACACAUCGGCAACGGAGCAAUCGGAGCCACGCUAGAGCCUCGUGUCGGCAGACCUGCAAAGCUCAGCAGACCGGCUCUGCUUGGACUCCCCCUGCAGUGAACCCUGUGACGAUGUUGACUGGGGGGCGGGGCGCAGGAUUCCUUGUCACUGCAGGAAUCGACAAGCGAGCCCCCUUGCAAAAGGGUUGUUUUCCGUGCGUUCGGAUUUGCUGUGGAAAAGAGGGAAAUGUGUGUGUUUGUCAGCGUGCCCACAUGCAAGUGUGUAUGUCAACGGAGACUGUGUCUUGAGAUCGGUCGUCAACCUCGGAAGGUUUGAUUUGCUGCAGAGCCAUUGGUGUUUCGGUGAAGUGAGGAUGAGUCACCUGCGAACUCAGGACUUCUGGCGCUCUCUAGUGGCCAAACUGGAUAUUUGUCGCACACGCCUGAGAACAACAUAAUGGAGGAAUAAUAAUAUCUUAUUAAAAAAACGUGUUUCUAACUUGCACUGAACUGAGAACUUAGUGAAUGUUACUUUUCGCAUCUCUGUGGAGAUGCUUAAGUUCCAUGGUAAUAAAGUUGUAUGAUCAAAAAUCC